CACCAUCAACAGCAGCAGCAGCAGCAGCAACGUGUUGCUAGCAGUCAGCAGCAACACAACGUGGCAGCCAGCAACGCUGCCGCGUCGCAUCAAGUGCAUGAUAAUGGACCAGCGUCCCAUCAUUUACAUCAUCAUCAACAGCAGCAGCAGCAACAUUCUCAAGCAAACGCGUCUAAUCAACAGCAGCAACAAAAGCAGCAGCAAAAACAACAGCAACAGCAACAGCAGCAGCAGCAACAAGCUGCAAACAUGUCGGCGUAUCAGCAACGUUUGUCAGCUGCCGGUGCAUCGCCAAUUCAUAGGUCAUACAGGACACUCGAGGCGCAGCAGUAUGCCAAAGGGCUUACGAAUCUGCCGCCGCCACAUCAACAUCAGCAACAGCAACAGCAGCAGCAGCAGCAACAGGCGCAACAGCAGGCCGCACAGCAGCAACAGAUGCAUCACUCCCACCAUCAUCAACAGCAACAGCAACAGCAGCAACAGCAGCAGCAGCAGCAACAACAGCAGCAGCAGCAACAGCAAUCGCAAUCGACACGAUCGGCAGCUAGCCCGCUGUCGCCUCCACGCGCUGGUCCCGGCAGCGCAACCUCAGUGGCCAACAGUUAUGCCAAGUUUGCUGACGCGCCGCGUUUCAUACAACAGUCGUCGGCAUAUAGCAUUGGGAUUGGUCCGGUGGCCUAUAGGGAUAACCACUACAUGCGCAUACCUCAACUGCAGGCGUCCGUGCCGGAAUUUCAGCGCUCGGCGGCGCGUGCAGCGUCUGUGGCGGCGGCAGCAGCAGCCGCCGGUGGUGGUGGUGGUGGCAAGUCAAGCUCCGCUGCAGCGGCAGCAGCAGCUGGCGCUGGCUCACAGCCUGGCGGCGUGCUCGUCAUGGAGACUAGUUUCCACUAUCCCAAUCAGCCGCAGCCUCCGAGCAGCAGCGCUGCUGCGGCACAGCAGCAACAGCAACAGCAGCAGCAGCAGCAACAAGGCAGCAAUGUGCCCACCAGCAGUGGCAGCAUCAUGGUUGGCGGACAGCGACUCUUGUUGCCACUUCAUCAGUCGAUGCAGUAUGCAACAAAUGAAUACCUGACCAAUGCUACUGCCGCGGCCGUUGCAGCCGCUAAUCAGCGCCAACAGCAUCAACAACAGCAGCAUCAACAACAACAACAGCAGCAGCAGCAGCAGCAGCAGCAGCAACAACAUCAGCAGCAGCAGCAUCAACAGCAGCAACAUCAAGCAGCGCCAGAGCCACCGCCGGUUAGUCUUGGGCAACCUUAUAAGAAGCAACGCCUGAGCGAACCCAAUCACCUGCCACAUCAGCAACAUGCGCCACAUCAGCAACAACAACAGCCGUCACAGCAGCAGCAGCAACGCGCUUCGCCCGCACAUCAGCAGCCACAACAACAACAACAGCAGCAGCAACAUCGCAAUCAUGGCGGUCAUGGCAAUCAUGGCGCUGUGUUGCACAUGUCCCCAGCAGCAACAUUGCCGCCGCCGCCGCAUGGAAUGCAGCAGCAGCAGCAGCUGAAAGUGGAAGCAUUGCCGCAACAGCAGCAGCAAGAGGAGCAACACCAACGGCAUCAACAGCAGCAGCAGCAGCAACAGCAACACCAACAGCAGCAGCAAGCGUUGCAUUCAUCGCGUAGCUUGGCGCCACCAGCGCCACCUGCUGCAGGCCAUCAUAUAAGCUCGGUUAGCGUCUCAGCAGCAAGCAGCAACAGUGGCAGCAACUUGGCUGCUCCAGGCCAUACCGAGGCGUAUCAUCCGCAGGUGGAGGCCAUAUCGCCGACAUUGCCCAGCGAGCAUAGCGAGGAACGUGUGCGCAGCAACACCAAGGAGGAAUUGCUUAUGCAAAUACAAAAGGUGGACACUGAGAUCAAAAGCGCAGAGACGGCUAUGGAGACGCUGCGUAAAAAGGAGAAAACGCUGCUGGAUGAAGCUGCCGCUUCGGUAGCCAAUGCAGCCAAACAGCAAAAGGAGGCUGCGGCAGCGGCGGCGGCGGCGGCGGCUGUGCAGCAAACGGAGACGCCGGCGACAACGCGACAGUGGUGCGAUGACAAAGAAUUGUCGCGUAGCAUCUACGAGACAAAUCGCGCCACGGCCGCUGCACAACAUUCCCAGAUUAGUCGCGCCUGCGGCACCGAAGAGCGGCCACGCCCCUGGCUGCCGCUCUACAAUCAGCCGCUGGACGUGGAGGCAAUAACGCUGCUAAUCAAGCGCCAUCAGACGCUCAUACGCACGCCCAUGCUGCAGCACAUACGCAAGCUGAAGGCGGAGAGAUGGGAGCACAACCAGAGUCUGGUGGAGAAGUAUACCAAGGAGCAGGCCGAUUGGCAGCGUCGCUGCGAGCGCGCCGAGGGCAGCGCCAAGCGCAAGGCGCGCGAGGCAAAGAAUCGCGAAUUCUUUGAAAAGGUUUUCACGGAGCUGCGCAAGCAGCGCGAGGACAAGGAGCGCUUCAAUCGCGUCGGCUCGCGCAUCAAGUCCGAGGCGGAUCUCGAGGAGAUUAUGGAUGGCCUGCAGGAGCAGGCGUUGGAGGAUAAAAAGAUGCGCAGCUAUGCCGUUAUACCGCCGCUAAUGUACGAUGCGCGCCAGCGACGCUGCGCCUACUACAAUGAGAAUGGACGCAUCGAGGACAUGGUGACGGAGCAUGAGGAGCGCAAGGCUCUGAAUCUAUGGACCGCUGGCGAAAAGGAAACGUUCAAGGAGAAGUAUCUGCAGCAUCCGAAGAACUUUGGCGCCAUUGCCGCCAGCCUGGACCGCAAGUCGCCGCAGGACUGCGUCCGCUACUACUACCUCAGCAAAAAGAGCGAGAACUACAAGCAGCUGCUCCGCAAGUCGCGCCAGCGCACGCGCAGCAGCCGCAAUCCGGCCAAGGCGCAGGCCCAGCAGCCGCAGUGCAUCAUCGAUUCGCUGACGACGGGCGUCACCACGCGCCUGCAGCGCGAGCAGCAGCAAAAGUCCGGCACACGCUCCAGCGCCAAUGCGGAGCGUGAACGCGCCGCCGAGCGUGCCGCUGAGCGUGAGCGCGUUGCCGAGAAGGCAGCCGUUGAUGCUGCCAAGGCGGCGGAGUGUGCAGCGGAGAAGGCAAGUGCAGUGAGCAAAGCAGCGGAAGCGGCCAGCGAGAAGCAGCAGGCCAAAGGAGCAGCGCCGUCAACGUCGGCGGCGGCAGCGGCAGCAGCAGCGACUGCCACUGGCAUUAGUGCCGAUAAGACAGAUGCCUCAAAGGCGUCAAGUCAAACGGAAAAGAAUGCCACAGCAGCAGCAACAACAGCAGCAGCAGCAGCAACAGCAACAGCAACAGCUACAGCAACAACAAGCGUUGCUGCUGGCGUCGAGAUCUCAGCAGCGGGCAGUGAAGUCAAAGGCAAAGCCACGGACGAGCAGAAAAAAUCAGCAACAGCAGCACCAACAGUCACAACAACAGUAACAACUACAACAGCAGCAGCAGCAGCAGCAGCAACGCCCACAGCAAAGGCAGCAGCAGCAGCAGCUAGUGAAGCAACAAGCACGCGAGGCACGCCCAAGGCGUCCAAGUCGCUUGGCCAAAAUGCACAUAACGAUGGCGUUGCUGACGUCAACAAACCCACAGAGGCACCUACGGAAUCAAAGCAGAAGCAAAAGCAAUUGGAGAAGAGCAGCGCAUUGGCAGCAAUAUCAACCGCAGCAGCAGCAACAACAACAACAACAACAGCAGCAGCAGCCUCAACAACAACAACAACAGCAGCAGCAGCAGCAGCAGCUGCGUCGCCUGCAGUUAGCGUUGCUCUUAAUGGUUUUAAACCUGGUUACCAGAGCGUUGUUAUGGCUAAUGUCAAAGCGCAAGUGUUGCAAGAAACUAAUGCAGCCGCAACGCCAACAACAACAACAGCAGCAGCAGCAGCGUCGGCAGCAGCAGCGUCGGCAGCAGCAACAAUUGCAGGCGAUAAAAUCGUCCAGGCAACGUCAACAACUGUUGCUGCAGGCAGCUUUGUGGCGCCACCCAAUGCUGCUGCAGCAGCAGCGCCCACGGAGUCACACAAUACGCUAACAACAGCCACAACGGCGGGCAAUUAUCUGGGACAGAAGCUUAAGGCUGCUCAAGUGGAGGGUCUGGGCGCAGGCAAUGAGUUGCUCACGGAUGUUGGCGAUGCUAAGAAGACGCGCUAUGAGUUGUUGGCGGCUACUAACAAUGCCAUAAGUAGCAAAAAUACAAACAACAACAAUAACAACAACAACAACAAUGGCAGCAGCAAUAACAACAGCGUCAGCAGCAAGCUCAAUAGCAAGGAGUUGAACAAUCAAAUCUCAUCCAUCGCAUCCAGUGGUGCAGCAGCAGCAGCAACAACAACAAAUACAACGGCCACGGCCACAAAUAUUAACAUAACAUCCGCUAUGGACGAUGGAAAGGGCCUACUGGGCAGCUCCGAGGUUCUUGCAUUGGAUGGCAAGGAUAAGCUGGCGAGCUGCUUUGUGUGCAAGGCGGAGGCUUGUCCGCGCACGCGUCCGCUCAAGAAGGGGCGUGGCCAGCAGUAUGCCAUACCGGAUGAGACGAUACCAGCGGGCGCACGCGUCUGCAACAGCUGCCAAUGCAAAUCGGUGCGCAAUCGUUAUCCGAACUGUCCGCUAUCCACCUGUCCCAAUCCCAAGGAUCGGGCGCAGCGUUUGCGCAACAUACCAACGCGUCUGUUCGAGCUGCCGCCGGAGCUGCGUGAUCCGUUCAUGGCCGAAUUCCAAAUACCGCCGCAUGCAACGCGCUGCUGUUCCGCCUGCCUGAUGCGCAUACGCCGCAAGCUCGAUCCGCACAUGAAUCUCAACGAGGAUGAGCGGCAUGCAGGCGGCGCCAUGAGCAUGACCAGCGACGGCGACGAGACCGACGUCAGCACCAGCAGCUGCGAUGAGCGCGAACCUGGCGGCUCCGAUACCGCCAGCGUGGACAGUCCCGAGAAUCUGCAGCGUCACAAAUCGCAGCUCAACAAGCAGCAGCAGCAGCAACAACAACAGCAGCAACAGUUGGCACAACAGCAUCAGCAACAUUUGCAGCAACAGCUGGCGGCGCAGCAGCAGCAGCAACAUUUGCCACCACAGAUACAUCAAUUGCCGCAGCCACCGCCAGUGCCGCACAAGCAUCCGCAUCCACAUCCACAUCCGCAUCCGCAUACGCACUCGAAUCUGCGCAAUGUGGCAGAUGCCUCUGGCGUGGCGCUGACCAUAACGCCCACACGCAAGGGCCCGCCACAUGACAACGAGCGGCUGCUGCCGCCCGCCGGACAUGCGCCCAAGAAGCAAAAGACCAGCGAGGAGUACGACUCAUCGGCCACGGAGACAGCCGACGAGGAGAACGAGAACUCGCCGGCGAAUCGCCAGAGUCCCAAGGUGCUCUUCAAUGCGGUGGCGCAUGCGCAAGCCCAUGCGGUUGCUUUCCAUGGACACGCGCCACAUGCGCAUGGCAACAAUGUGGCCGGCUUGCCGCCGCCGCCAGCAUCAGCAGCAGCAGCAGCUGUUGUCGCUGCUCAGCAACAGCAGCAGCAGCAACAACAGCAGCAGCAGCAACCCAAUGGACCCAUGAGCCUGCGACGCGAGGCAGUCAACAAUGUGCAGGAUUGCGUCUUCUCUGUCAUUGAGCGACAGCUGAAGCAGCAGCAGAAGCGACCAGAGCAUGCUGCCAGCAACACGGGCAAGCAGCAGCGCAACAAUGUGGAGCGCAAGGAGUUGUCCAUUGUGCGCGAGUAUCGGCAGGAGAUGAAGCAGCCGCCGCCUGGUCACAUGAGCACGCCGGAGCUGCCACAUGGCACUUCAGUGCAGAAGCUUAAUGCACGCCAGCAGCAGCAGCCGUCGACAAUUAAUUGCAGCAGCAGCGGCAGCAAUAGCAACAGCAGCAACACCAACAGCAGCAGCAGCAGCAGCAGCAACAAUGGCGACACGCUGGCAACGCUGUCAGUGGUUAAUCCGCUGCUGAAUCCAGCAGCUGCUGCAAUUGCUGCAAGUGCGCAUCAUCAUCUUGCGCUGCUGCAGCAACAGCAGCAACAACAACAGCAGCAGCAGCAGCAGCAGCAGCCCAGCUCGAGCAGCAUCGAUAAAGCCACCAUAACGCCAGUGCCCAAGAAGAGCGCCGUCAUCCCAACGUCACCCGAGACAAUUAUCUACAAUGUGGCCAGCAGCCAUGUGCCGCAGCCGCAGUCGGUGGCGCCGCCACCGUCGCAUGCGCCGCAUCAGCGUCUGGCGCUGCCACAUCCCUCGGAGCCCGAGCCGCAAACGCUCGAUCUGAGCAUCAAGAAGACGCCGCGCGAGAAUCACUCGCCCGCCAACAGCUCCGCCAGCGAUCGGGAUCGCGAACGCCAUGGCCAUGGCCCGCCGCCGCCCAUGCAGCCCAGCAGCGCCAUCAAGCACAUUGUGCGCUCCUCCUCGAUGUAUCGCGGCGAGGCAGUGCCGCCCGGUCCGCCGCCGCCCGCCUCCACCUAUCUGAGCUAUCCCAUGCAUGGCGUCGGCGUCGUGCGCAGCGCCCCCGUCAUGAGCAGCGCUCCGCCCGGCUCGCUCUAUGUGCAGCCCGUCGCGCUCGGCCAGAGUCAGCUGACGCGACCCACUCCGCCGCCGCCCGCACAGCCACAAGCGCCGCCCGCACGCGGCUCCAAGCUGCCGCCCAAGCUCAGUCCACAGCAGCAGCAGCAACAGCAACAACAGCAGCAGCAUCUGCAGCACUCACAGGCGCCGCCACCAGCGCAGCAGCAAUCGGCGCCGCCCAACAGUGUGCAGCAGCAACAAAUGGUCAAGGGCGGCUCCAUUACCCAUGGCACGCCCACCAACAGUGCCCAGCAGCAGCAGCAGCAGCAGAUUAUUGUGCAUGCCGCCUCCUCCUCGCUGCUCAGUCCCAAGUACGAGAGCAUGGUGCGCCAGACGCCGCCCGGCGCCUGCCCAGAGCCCGGCAAGCAUGGCUCCAUUACCCAGGGCACACCGCUGCAUCUGCCGCCACAUCAUCUGGACAGCAAGCGGCCCUACGACUUCUACAAGAGUCCGCAGCGCUUGAGUCCCGCGCAGGUGCCGCCGCCGCCGCCGCAGCAGUCGUCGCCCCAAGCGCCGCCCCAGCAGCCAUACGGCGUCGGCUCGCCCUAUGCCCGCUCGCCCUACGGCCCCGUCGUGGAGCAGCCCUCGGUGAUGAGCACGCGCCAGAUUGUGAUCAAUGAUUACAUCACCUCGCAGCAGAUGCAGGGACAGCAGCAGCGCAACGUGUCGCGUGGCAGCAGCAGCGGCGGCGGCGGCGGCACUGGCGCCGGCUCCGGGUCGGACAAGGAGUCGCCGUCGCCCAGGAACAGCGUCAGUGGCAGCUCCGCGGUCUAUGCCUAUGAGAAGGAGCCGCCGCCGCAGCCGCGUGGGCGUGCCGACUACUCGAGUCGCGUCUCGCCAGCCGAUCACGCCAACAGCACGCCCAGUCCACAUCGCACGCCGCCGCCGCAGCGCCAGGGCGUCAUCCAGCGGCACAACACGGGAUCGAAGCCGCCAUCGCCAGCAGCACCGCCGCCGCCCAGUCGCAUGCACAUCGGUGCGCCCUACAACUAUCCGCCAGCCGGUCACGAUGCACUCGCCUCGUUCGUGGACGUCGCUGUGCAGCAGCCGCAGCUGCCUGUGCCGUCCCAGAAGGAGGACAAGCCGCCAGCUCAAGCUUCAGCUCAGCAGCAGGUGCCGCAGCCGCAGCCGCCGCCAAGUCACGUGCCGCAAGUGCCGCCGCCACAGGCAGCGCCACCGCCGCCGGCCACGCACCACGAUCUGCGCUAUCUGCAGCACCAUCAUCAGCAAAUGGCGGCGGUCGCCGUGCAGCAGCAAAUCGCGCAGCAGCAAAUCGCCCAGCAGCAGUAUCGCCAGCAGAUGAGCCACGUGGCCGCCGCCGUCGAGAUGGAGCGACGCAUGGAGCACGCCAAGCGCGAGCAGCGGCAGCAGCACAACCAUGCGCUCGUCCACGAGCAGCUGCUGCAGAACCAGGAGCUGCAGCAUCGCAUCGAGCGCCAGCGACGCGAGCAGGAGCGCGCCGAGGAGCGCGAGCGCGACAAUCGACGCAUGGAGCGCAUGCUGGCCGCGGCCAAGGUGCAGCCGCCGCGCCGCCGCCCAAGCGUUGUGCAUGGUGGCCAUGGACACGCGCCGCCGCCGCCGCCCCCACAUGGACAUGGACACUAUAUGCGCGGUCCGCUGCCCGACAGCGGCCCGCCACGCGCCAUACCCGAUCGCGAGCGCGAGGCCUACUAUAGACAGGCGCAUGUGCCGCAGGCACCGGAGGAUCCACAAUUCAGCGCACAGAGUCUCAUUGAUGCCAUCAUUAAGCAUGAGAUUAAUCGCACUGGCGAUCCAGGCAUCAGUCGCGAACUGCCGCGUCCCUCAUACUACCCUCGCGAUCUGCGCCAGUCGCACGAAUCGCUUGCGGCCGAAAACAACGGCAAGCCCAGCAGCUCCAGCUCCCCCAAUGUCAUCAACAUAGAUCUCGACCAGGAGCAGCAGCGUCCGCAACAGCAGCAGCAGCAGCAGCAGCAGCAGGCACAGCAACAAGCUGUUGCCCAGGCAGCCGCUCGAGCCGCUCAUGUCAGUCUGCGUGGCCAUGGCCCGCCCAGCUCACAGUCGCCCAGCGGACCACCACCCAACAGCGGACCGCCGCCGCCGCCGCAGGGCCCAACGCCGCAGCAGCUUCAUACCAAAAACAUAACCUUUGGUCAGCUGGCCGACUCGAUUAUCGCCAACGACUAUGGCCCCAAUCCGCAUCUGCGUCCCGCCUUCAUGCCCUACAUGCAGGACGCCCAGAGCAUACUCACGCCCGAUCGCUGGAAGCACAAUCGACGCCAGCAGCAGAAGGCGGACGAGGCAGCGGCCGCUGCGCAGCGGCGGCGGCAGCGGCAGCGGCAGCAAUAGCAAUACCAGCAGCAGCAGCAGCAGCAGCACGCUGGCGCUGGCGGCGGCGCGCGCAGCAUCGACAGCGCUCAGUGCGGCGGCAGGAGCGCCAAUACGCCAGGCGAGGAUGCACGCAUCAUACGCAUGCCACAGGCGGUGAGUCCGCGCAAAUAUGCGCAGGAUCUGAUUAUGCAGCAGGCGGCAAUUGGAGUGGGCGUGGGCGUGGGCGUAGAUCCGGGACACUAUUUCCUCUCAGCCCCCGGCACAGUCGUGAGUCGCAGCGGCGGCAGCGUUGUGACUACAGCACCGCCCUCCUCGGCGCAGGAGCAGCGCGGCGGCGGCAGCACUGGCAGCGCCGGCAGUGGCAGCGGCUCCGGCUCCAACAUUGAGCACUAUGUGAAGAGUCGCAUUGCCCAGGUGAUGCGCGAUGACAACGGCUAUGGCAAGAAUCGCGGCCUCGUCGAGGCCAUGCGCCCGGAGAUUGAGGAGCAGCUGCAGGCGCAGGCCCAGGCACAUGCUGCUGCCGUCGCGGCGGCACACAAUGAGCAGCAGCAUCACAAGGAGCAACAGCGACAACAGCAGCAGCAGCAGCAACAGCAGCAGCAUCAUCGCAGCAAGGAGCCGUCCCAGUCGCUGCCCACGCAUGAGAUCAGCGUCUCACGCAAGACGCCCACGCAGUACGAGCUGCCCGACGGCGCUCGUCGCUCCAGCAGCAGCGGCGCCAACAGCCAUCCACAUGCCAGUCCCUAUCAUGCGGCCGGACCACCUCCGCCCUCGGCAUUCGCCGCCAGCACCUACGCGUUCCCCUUCAGCGCGCUGACUGUGCCCGGCGCUGCUGGCGGCCUGCCGCCGCCGCCCGGCAUGCCUGGCAUGGCGCAUCAGUCGCUGCCGCCAAGUCACCUCAGUGCCAAGGAGGCGCAUGCGCUUAGCGAGGCCAAUGCUGCUGCCGUCGCCGGCGUUAGCUUAGUGGUGGGCAGUGGUGCUGGCGGCGGCGGCGGCGGCGGCGGCAGCUCCGCGAACGAUGCGGGCGGUGUUGCUGGCGCUGCUGGCGGUGCACAUGGACAUGUAUCUGGUGGCGGGCCCUCAGCGGUGGCUGCGGCCGCUGCCGCCGCCUCGGCCGCCAGCGAGCCCAAGCCCCUGCUGUCGUCCAAGUACGAGGCGCUUAGUGACGAAGAUUAG